AUGGAGGCCAAGGUCGCAGCAAUAGCUUUGGUCUUGCUCUUUCUUACCUUGGGUGGAGAGGCCGAGUUGUGCAAGCAGCGUAGCCGAACUUUCAAAGGGCGGUGCACCCACAACGACAAUUGUUUUGCCAUCUGCCUCACUGAGAACUUCACCGGAGGGUAUUGCCACGGCGUUGUAGAACGUCACUGCAUGUGUACUAAGAAGUGUGGCGAGCCGCCGGAAGAGCCAGAGGAGCCGCCGCUACCGGAAAUGAUGAUCUGA